GACUAACGAGGCGUGCCUGAAAGCACCACGGCGGCCACCGGACCGAUGAUGUCAGUUUACGGGCUGUAGGAGUUUCUGUCUCACCAUGUGUUCCGACAGAGACUAGGCCUGCUGCUGGCCGUCAUCGGGCAGGCGGAGGAGAAGAGAAGGGGAGGAAAAGUGUGUUUACACAGACGGCAAACUGCCUGGGGAAUCGUAGGGGAGAGGAAGUCAGCCGGCUCUGUGUCUGCUUGCUCCAACUUCCUGCUCAGAAAAAGAAAAAGCCCAGGAUCCUAUUUCAGUCCAGCACAACUGUGCAGACCAGAAGUAAGCAUGGAAAAACAAGGAAUCACACAAGCUUCACCUUAAAGUUUCACGGAGGGAAAAGACCGAGUCGAAGAUCGCAGGUAUGGACAGUGCCAUCACCUUGUGGCAGUUCCUACUGCAGCUACUGCUCGACCAGAGUCACAAGCACCUGAUACGCUGGACAUCCGCAGACGGAGAGUUUAAGCUCCUGAAGUCAGAGGAAGUGGCAAAGCUGUGGGGGCUGCGCAAAAACAAGACCAACAUGAACUACGACAAGCUGAGCAGAGCCCUGCGCUACUACUACGACAAGAACAUCAUCAAGAAAGUGAUUGGCCAGAAGUUUGUCUAUAAGUUUGUGUCCUUCCCUGAGAUCCUUAAAAUGGACCCACAAGCAGUAGAGAUGGGCCUGGUCUCUGGAAGGUUCCCCCUCCAAGAAGGAGAGGUUCAUGAGCUGGAAGUAGAAGAGGAGGAAGAUGAGGAGGGUGAGGAGGAGACCCAGAGGAGGACCUUGGCAGCAGUAGGGACUCAGCAGUGUCGAAGUGAUUACCUCCACUCAGGUCUCUACUCGUCCUUCAGUAUCAGCUCCCUGCAAAACCAACCCGAGCUCCUCCGUGCUCUGCGGGAGCGCCAGGAAGAGCCGCGCUCCGUCAUCCGCUUCGGCUCCAACACAGAGAGGAGCUCCCCUCCUUCUGCCAAGUCUGAGUCCUACAUCUCCCCCAGGCUACCCAAACUCCCCUCUCAUUCCCACUCCCCGUCUUCCCCUCAUACCCAGCCCGGGCAAAGCUGGAGCCCAGCUGCCAAGGAAGAGGAUGAGGAGGACUCUGAUCAAGGUGCUCAGCCCCUCAAUCUCUCCUCUGGGCACAGGGAGCGAGCCCUGCAGCCUCCUGAAAAGAGGAGCAACAGCAGUAGUAGAGGUAAUUCCUCUAACAGUAGUGGUAACCAAGGAGAUGGACUCCCACCUAAAAGCAAAAAGCCCAAAGCUCUGGAAAUCUCCACCCCAUCCAUGCUUCUGGCAGGGAGCGACAUCGGCUCCAUCGCCCUGAACAGCCCAGCGCUGCCCUCUGGCUCUCUCACUCCUGCCUUCUUCACUGCACAGACUCCUUCGGGUUUGCUGCUGGCUCACAGUCCCCUGUUGUCAGGCAUCCACUUUUGGAGCAGUCUGAGCCCCGUCGCCCCACUCAGCCCCGCCCGGCUGCAGGGCCACAGCUCACUCUUCCAGUUCCCCAGCCUAAUCAACGGACACAUGCCUGUCCCUCUGCCAAACCUGGAAGGAACACCCUCCUCUCUGCUUCUGUCCCCCACCACCCACAAAUCCUGAUCCAGUCUGUGAAAAACGUCCCAUCAUCAUCCAUCUCUCAUUGAAAGUUCCUCAGUUAUCAUCAUCAUCAGCCUUCAUCUUGACAAAUUCUGCUUCAGAAAAGAUCUGACCUCAUCUUUUUUUUUGCACUUGAGCUGCUUCAGAUUUUGGUUAAAAGCACUUGGUAAAAGCCAUACGUCACAAUGUCUAAGAGACGUCUGUGGUAAAAUACCCUGCCCUCCAUGGACGGAUUCAACAUGAUGCUAGCUGGAACAGGCUAGCCAGCCCCUCAUUCUGUGCAGAGCUUUGUUUUAGUCUUGUAAAAAAGAAAAAAAAAAUCUGUUUUUCUUUAAAUAUUAACCACAAUGUGAAACUUGCUGUUUCACAUAUGUGGUAUUGUAUGUAUUGUAUGCACUAUGCUUCUCAGAUAGUACCGGCUGUGCCUUGACUUUUUUUAUUGCUUUAUUUCAAAUUCUUUUAAUGAAGACGAGAUUUCAAAAUCAAUGAAAACCUUUGUAACUGUUGUUUUUUAUACUGGACUUGGCAUACAGUAUGUAUUCUGUAUAUUUUUUGUAUUGUGAAAAAUGUCUUGUCAUUUUCAAUAAACAAAGCAUUGAAUGCUUGAA